AUGUUCAACUUCAAGGAUUCCAACUCAUCUCCAACACGGAGCCACUUGAUGAGCUUGACGUCUGAACGAGCGUCUCGUCAAGCUAAAAUUGUCAACUACAAUGAGAAUGCCAUGAGAGUUGUGGCUCGAGCUCCUUUGAAAAGAAGACAAGAAGGGCCAAAGGCGGGAAUUUCUUCGAAAAAACCUGCACCAGCCCAUCGCCAAUCUUCUGAUGCCAAGGAUCCGAUGGAGGAUCUUCUUCAAGCCCAAAGGCCGGCUGGCCGUUUCUCGGCCGCCCGUGGUCUGUUGGAUACGGUCAGGAAGAUAGCCAAGACGUCGUUAGCUUCUGAUGGUCCGAAAUUUCUGGAAAACCGGAACUCUGAUGACUCCCAAGACCCAGUCCAUCACUCUGCUCCAUCGACCUCUAAAAACUCAAAAAUCCAGAUCCGCCGCCCUAUUCUCUGUGAAACCACCUUCAACCACCUGAAAACCGAAUUUCGCCAGGAAAUUCGAAAUUUCAUUGAAACCGGAAAAAAGAUGGGAUGUCAGGAAUUUAUGCCAUUUUUUGAGGACGGUGAAAGGCUUCUGGACACGUAUGGAAAUUAUUCCAAAACCGAGCCAGCAGUCAAAAUUGUCCAGGAUGGGACCCAUUACUUGAGGGAGCUGGAGUCAUUUGAUGGACCCAUCCUCUUCAAAAAGGUCAAAGGAUUGGGUUUGGAGGUUUCAGAAGAAAUCAAUGUUGAAAAUUUGGAGGAACUUCUAGAAGAUCAGAAGUACCUGAACGUGAUCUGCAGUUUUACGCAGAUCACUAAAACUAUGCCGGUCAAGAAAUUCAUGGAAUUCUUCCGCAAAGAUUCUCGAAAUGACGCAUUCAAUGUUAUCUCCUUGGAGGUGUCCAAGCUCAAAAAGCUCGACAGAGAGAUCCGGGUCCCACAAUACGUGGAGAGGUUCGGGAUCAUUAAUCAAUUGAAGACAGCUCUGGAGGCGGAGCAGAAGCGUCAGGGCCGUCUUCUUCUGGAAAGAAAUUCCCAGGAAACUCAAAAAAAUCUGAAAUUUCUGGAAAAAAUCAUUUCUGAGCUCCCAACUUACCAGAAAUUUUUGGUUCUCUCCACAAAAGGAUCUUUCACCAAUGCUCACAUUAACCUCUCAGCCACUGCCACCUUCUUCCAUGUGAAAAUUGGCAAAAAGGUCUUCUACAUCGCCCCGCCCACUCCGGAGAAUUUGGAGAUCUACGAGAGAGUGGAAAAGGAGGAGAUGAGCGAGUGGAUUGGGGAUAUCCUGUGGGACCAGUGGAUCCGGGUGGAGAUUUCGGCUGGGCAGACCGCAAUGAUCCCAUCCGGAUGGAUCCAUUUCGUGUGGACCCCAGAAGACACCAUUGCUGUAUCUGGCAGCUAUCUUCUGGAGAAAUAUGUCAGCAGACACUUCAGAAUCACGGCUCUGGAUGAACAUUGUCUCCAGAAUCAAACUUCCGGAAUCACCAUGGACCACAUGUUCCAGGGCUUCCACCCGGUGAUGUGGGCCUAUGUGAAGUAUAUCCUACUUCCAGAUAUUGCAGGGCGGUCCGUGAGUCCGGAAAAGCUGAAAAUUGUGAAAUUUUUCGCACAAAAUUUGGAGCCCAAGAAGAGUAUGGACCGGAAGUGGUUUGAGGAGGUGGAGCAGUUGGACAUUCAGAAGAAACUGAAAAUCGAGUCCACAGACUCCAAAAUCAUUGAUUUUUAG